UAGCCGAACCGGAGCCUGCCCUUUGAAAAACACACACAAAGAAAUCAGUGCCCACGGGAAAGCUGCAUUUUGCCUGGUUUGGGAAACUUUCAGAUAACUGCCCGCUGGAGUCCGAGGCGCGCCGUGCGCCCCUGAGCAGCCGCGGUCGCGGACACCGCACCGCACCGCGCUUGGCCGCGGGUCUCGGCUGAAGGAAUCCCCACAUCUCCUCCAGGGAGCAGCGCUGCAGAUCCUUUCUAACAGCAAGUCUGCGUCUUCUCUCCACACCUUUUUUAAUAAGAAUUUUAAGAGAUUCUCCUUGGGCAAAGGCAGAAGUUCUUGAGAGACAAUUUCAGCGACAGCUCUCAAACCUACUUUGGGGUCUUAAAACGAAACCGUACACCAUUUCACUGUGGACAUUACACCCUCUUUCAGAUAUGGGAGACAUGGGAGACCCACCAAAAAAAAAACGUCUGAUUUCCCUAUGUGUUGGUUGCGGCAAUCAAAUUCACGAUCAGUAUAUUCUGAGGGUUUCUCCGGAUUUGGAAUGGCAUGCGGCGUGUUUGAAGUGUGCAGAGUGUAAUCAGUAUUUGGACGAGACCUGUACGUGCUUUGUUAGGGAUGGCAAAACCUACUGUAAAAGAGAUUAUAUCAGGUUAUACGGCAUCAAGUGCGCCAAAUGCAGCAUCGGCUUCAGCAAGAAUGACUUCGUGAUGCGCGCCCGCGCCAAGGUGUACCACAUCGAGUGUUUCCGCUGCGUGGCCUGCAGCCGCCAGCUCAUCCCAGGCGAUGAAUUCGCGCUGCGGGAGGACGGCCUCUUCUGCCGGGCGGACCACGACGUGGUGGAGCGGGCCAGCCUGGGCGGCGGGGACCCCCUCAGCCCCCUGCACCCCGCCCGGCCGCUGCAGAUGGCAGCAGAACCUAUCUCUGCCAGACAGCCAGCUCUGCGGCCCCACGUCCACAAGCAGCCCGAGAAGACCACCCGAGUCCGGACUGUCCUUAAUGAAAAACAGCUUCACACCUUGAGGACCUGCUACGCUGCCAACCCCAGGCCUGACGCCCUCAUGAAAGAGCAACUGGUAGAAAUGACUGGCCUCAGCCCGAGGGUCAUCAGGGUUUGGUUUCAAAACAAGCGAUGCAAGGAUAAAAAAAGGAGCAUUAUGAUGAAGCAACUUCAGCAGCAGCAACCCAAUGACAAAACUAAUAUCCAAGGGAUGACAGGAACUCCUAUGGUGGCUGCUAGUCCGGAGAGACAUGACGGUGGUUUGCAGGCGAACCCCGUGGAGGUGCAGAGUUACCAGCCGCCCUGGAAAGUACUGAGUGACUUCGCGUUGCAGAGUGACAUAGACCAACCUGCUUUUCAGCAACUAGUUAAUUUUUCGGAAGGAGGACCCGGUUCCAAUUCUACUGGAAGUGAAGUAGCAUCAAUGUCCUCUCAGCUGCCAGAUACACCCAACAGCAUGGUAGCCAGUCCUAUUGAGGCAUGAGGAACACUCAUUCAGAUUUCUGUUGUUGUUGUUUCUGCCCUUAUCCUCAUCCCGUUGGAGAGAGUGGGAAAGUGAACGUGUUGUGACUCCGAAAUUUAGGGGGAAAAUAUUUAACAACCUGUAAGAAACCUAGCAAGGAACUGUUCCAUGAGAUGAACGGAGUCAUGUUUGAAAAGACAAGGUAAUAUGGUAGCAACACUGUGAAGACAAUCAUGGGAUCUCACUAGAAAAAAAUACUAAAAAGAACCACAAACCCCGCGCUUUUCAAUGAUCAGAGGAGGAUCAAAAAGACGUUUUCCAAAUGUAAAGGAUUUGUACUUGUGGAUCUCAAAAAAAAAAAAAAAAAUCUUUUCAUUUGACUGCACAUCUUAGGGAGAAACCAAGGUAGAGGGACUUUCUAUCUGGUCCCUCCCAAUCCGAAUGGUGCUGUUUCAAUAUUGGGGAUAGCCUUGCCAAAAGAAGCUCCAGUAGGUUUUCCAUCAUCAGGAAAGAGACGAUUCAGCCCUGCAUUGUUGAAAGAUUCCUUGCAGGAAGGUGGAGCUGCGUUGGUUUGCAAUGUUGUUUUUAGUUGACUCUUAACAAGGGGUUGUUUCCUGGGUCUCUUCUAGCAUGUCUGUAGCGGGGUUUUGGUUUUGUUUGGUUGAGAUCCACCCCCUAUUAAGUCUUAGAUGAUUAAAAAUAGAUUUUCGAUUUCCUCUUUGAAACCAAUUUAUAAAAACAUUGCAACAAGGUAUACCUCUAUUUUGCCACAAAGCGUCUCGGGAUUGUGUUUGAAAUGUGUCUGCCCAAGAACCUUCCCCUCCCCCAAAGAUGUGUAUAGUCAUUGGUUAUAAGGACUGUUUUUCUCUCUUUCUCUUUCUCUCUCACUCUCUAAAAAAAAAAAAAGAAAAAAGGAAAAAAAAAUAAGGUUAAAAAAAAGGAAAAGCGAAAAGAAAAAAAUCACUCUUUUUGUUUGCUCUUGCAUUGCAAAAUUAUAAAGUAAUUUAUUAUUUAUUAUCGGAAGACUUGCCACUUUUCAUGUCAUUUGACUAUUUUUUGUUUGCUCAAGUAAAAAAAAAAAAAAGAAAAAAAAAAGAAGAGGUUGUACCGUGGUCUUUGAAUUAUAUGUCUAAUUCUAUGUGGGUUUUGUCCUUUUUCUUUCCUUAAAUAUGAUGUGAAAUAAAAGCGCCAUAUGUAGAAUUAUUAUAUCUUCAGGACUAUUUCACUAGAUAAGCGUUUGAAAUAGAGAAAAUAAUAAUAAUAUUAACAUUAAAUAAUGAACAAAGUUCCCUCUUUUAAAUAUUUACAGGUUAGCAGUUAAAAUACCUGAAAUAAAAUAUUGCAUGCAAAGCAGGUCGUUAGUGAAUAAAAGGAGUGUGAUAUUUUAUUGCAAGUAUUAACGACCAGCUUGUAAAUUUCCAUUUCAACAACUGUAUCAGGGCUAGUUGGAUGCCUUAGCUUUCAAUUGAUAACGUUAGAAAGUCUCUUGUUCCUCCCCACCCCAUCCCUUGCCCUUGAAAAUGAUAUUACUCUAGGCAUGAUCUGACAUAACGUUAAAACAUCUAAAGAACUGGGAGCUCAGGCUUUUUACUGAGUUCUACUAUUUUUAAAAAUAUAAUAAAAAGAAAGUGCUGUAUACCAAAGCCUCGUUGUUGAGAUUGUUGAAGUGACCUGUGCUUUAAGUAUAAGCUCCUGAUAAAAAGGACGCUUUUUGCUUAACAAGUCAAGUAUACCAUUAUUUAUCAGUGUCUGCUGUCAAAACAAUUAAAUAAUGCUGCAGGAGGAAUAGUUGUGGGGAUAUUUCUGUCGGGGAUAUUGCUGUGAAAUUGCACGAAUAUGUUCCUUAUUUUCUGUCGACUUUCCUCUCUUCACUCCGUCUUUUAUUCCUUUUUUAAUUUGUGGGGCAGAGGGUGGUGAAAGCUCGAAACGUGGGCGAUUUCUUGGGGAAAAGUUGAAAGAAGAAAAAAAAUGGGAAAGGGUUGUUUUUGCUCUAAUCCAAGUGUGCUCCCUAGUGCUCCUGGGCAGCACAAGACAAAGGUUCGCUUCAAAACACCCUUAAGGACUGGAAUAUACAGAGAUUUUUAGUCUGACAAAGACAAGUUGGUUUGCAUGUCGGUUCCUCCAAACCCCAAUGUUUUCUUAACAUAACCUUCUUUUUCCUCCCUCCUCACCAUCUCAGCCCACCCUGAGCAAGCUCAGCUAUAGACAAACCAUUUCGACAGUACAGAGAACAUUAAAAAAUGUUUAAAAUCUAAUACAAGGAUUUCAGUCAUCCUGAUUAGAAACUGGAUUCAUUUUGUAUGCUCAAGUGUAAUACAUUUUUGAGUACUUGAUAAAUAUUUAAAUAAAUAUGAAAUCUACCUUAAA